AUGUAUAAAACGCGUUUCAUCUGUGCAGAUGACAUCAUCACGGCGCUACAGAAGAGGUGGAAGUCCUUGCGAGAUAAAUUUCGACGGGUAUUGAAGACGCUUCAGGAAGAGAAGAAGAGCGGCGCCGGGGCAGACGAUGUUCAGGACGACGUCGCCUGGCCGUUCUUCGACCAGAUGAUGUUCCUGCGCGAUACGAUGGAGUAUAGACCGACGUCCGGCAACGUUCCACCAGUGCCCCCUUCAAAUGAGGAGGAAAAUGCUGCGGGCAUCUUAACGAAGAUGUGCCAGUUCUCCAAUCUGGAAACGCUUCAAGCGCCGACACUGUCAGGUGAAGAAUCACAAGCGGAAGCAGCGACACUGUCUACGGCGUCUGAGUCUGCAGAAUCACAGGAGAUUUUGGAACAACUUGAUUCACCGCUGCUUGAAGAAGUGCUGUACAUUCCAGAGGCUUCCGAAGCACACCACAGCAGGCCGCAAUCACAAGCGUCGCUGGCUUCAGCAGGCAGUCUUCAGCAGGCAGAGCUAGGGACGUUGGGAAGUGUUACAUCUGAAGCGACAACAUCAAGAAGGGGGAAAAGGAAAAGGAAAGAUGAGGGUGAAUUAAUAUUGCAGGAAUUAGGCAAUGUUACAACUGCAAUAAGCACAUGCAAACCACCGGAUCACCUUGAUGCUUUUUCGGUCUAUCUGCUGAAAGAAAUGAGAGAGGUCAGCGAGGACAAGCAGCUUGACAUGACAAUUGAAGUAAUGCAACUAGUAAAGAAAUACAAGAAUUAG